AUGAAGUCUGCAGCGCGCGUCCUACUGCUGGCUGUCGCCUUUUUGUGCCUCGCAGCGACCUCCAAAGGGGCUCCAAAGCCACAACAGCCUAACUGCGCCAGGUACUCUCUGCCCGCUUGUCCAUUGGACUACAGACCGGUCUGUGGGACCGACGGCAUCACCUACGGAAACGAAUGCAUGCUGUGCGGCCAAAACCAACGUGAACCUGUCUUGAUUGCCAAAUAUGAGGCCUGCUGAUUGCAGAAGAUGGAAGAAAUGAAGCGACAUCCCAUAGUUUUAUGGAUGAUUUGAUUUUCUGUUAUUUUCAAUUCACAAAUAUGAAAUAAAAGCAAAUUUAAUCUUUAA